UGGGGCCCUGUCUCCCCUCGCCGCAGCUACUCUCCGGCCGGCCGCCCGCCGCUUCCUCCUCCGCGCCGCGCCGCCCAGCCUCGCCCUCGCCGCCACCAUGAGCCAGGCCUACUCGUCCAGCCAGCGCGUGUCCUCCUACCGCCGCACCUUCGGCGGGGCCCCGAGCUUCCCGCUCGGCUCCCCGCUGAGCUCGCCGGUGUUCCCGCGUGCGGGCUUCGGCACCAAGGGCUCCUCGAGCUCGGUGACAUCCCGCGUGUACCAGGUGUCGCGCACGUCGGGCGGGGCCGGGGGCCUGGGGGCGCUGCGGGCCAGCCGGCUGGGGGCAACCCGCGCGCCCUCCUCCUACGGAGCGGGCGAGCUGCUGGACUUCUCGCUGGCCGACGCCGUGAACCAGGAGUUCCUGACCACGCGCACCAACGAGAAGGUGGAGCUUCAGGAGCUCAACGAUCGCUUCGCCAACUACAUAGAGAAGGUGCGCUUCCUGGAGCAGCAGAACGCGGCGCUCGCUGCCGAGGUGAACCGGCUCAAGGGCCGGGAGCCGACGCGGGUGGCCGAGAUCUACGAGGAGGAGCUGCGCGAGCUGCGGCGCCAGGUGGAGGUGCUCACCAACCAGCGCGCCCGCGUCGACGUCGAGCGGGACAACCUGCUGGACGACCUGCAGCGGCUCAAGGCCAAGAUGCAAGAGGAAAUUCAGCUGAAAGAAGAAGCGGAGAACAAUUUGGCUGCCUUCCGAGCGGACGUGGAUGCAGCCACUCUAGCUCGAAUUGACCUGGAGCGCAGGAUCGAAUCUCUCAACGAGGAAAUUGCGUUCCUUAAGAAAGUGCACGAAGAGGAGAUCCGUGAGCUGCAAGCCCAGCUUCAGGAACAGCAGGUCCAGGUGGAGGUGGACGUGUCCAAGCCAGACCUCACGGCCGCCCUCAGAGACAUCCGGGCUCAGUAUGAGACCAUCGCGGCUAAGAACAUCUCGGAAGCCGAAGAGUGGUACAAGUCAAAGGUGUCUGACCUGACCCAGGCAGCCAACAAGAACAAUGAUGCACUGCGCCAGGCCAAACAGGAGAUGAUGGAGUACCGCCACCAGAUCCAGUCCUACACUUGCGAGAUCGACGCCCUCAAGGGCACUAACGACUCGCUGAUGAGGCAGAUGCGGGAGCUGGAGGACCGCUUUGCUAGUGAGGCCAGCGGCUACCAGGACAACAUCGCACGCCUGGAGGAGGAGAUCCGACACCUCAAGGAUGAGAUGGCCCGCCACCUGCGCGAGUACCAGGACCUGCUCAAUGUCAAGAUGGCCUUGGACGUGGAGAUUGCCACCUACCGGAAGCUGCUGGAGGGCGAGGAGAGCCGGAUCAACCUCCCUAUCCAGACCUUCUCUGCCCUCAACUUCCGAGGAAAAAAUACACGCUGUGCUUCACCGAGUUACAAUGUUCAUCACAUGCUGGUUGCCUGCUAAGGAGAUUCACCAACACCAAACUCAUAAUACCAAGGACCUAAAUUUGACCCUUCCUAUAAAACUCAGAACGUCUCUUUUCAGUUAGUAGUUUAUCCAGACACCAAGUGUGAGCCUUGCAUUUAUUUUAUUUUUUUAACAUCUUUAUUGGAGUAUAAUUGCUUUACAAUGGUGUGUUAGUUUCUGCUUUACAACAAAGUGAAUCAGCUAUACAUAUACAUAUGUUCCCAUAUCUCUUCCCUCUUGCGUCGCCCUCCCUCCCACCCUCCCUAUCCCACCCCUCUAGGUGGUCACAAAGCACCGAGCUGAUCCCCCUGUGCCAUGCGGCUGCUUCCCACUUGCUAUCCACCCUACGUUUGGUAGUGUAUAUAUGUCCAUGCCACUCUCUCACUUCGUCACAGCUUACCCUUCCACCUCCCCAUAUCCUCAAGUUCAUGCUCUAUUAGGUCUGUGUUUUAUUCCCGUCCAACCCCUAGUCUCUUCAUGGCAUUUUUUUUCUUAGAUUCCAUAUAUAUGUGUUAGCAUAUGGUAUUUGUUUUUCUCAUUCUGACUUACUUCACUCUGCGUGACAGACUCCAGGUCCAUCCACCUCACUACAAAUAACUCAGUUUCAUUUGAGCCUUGCAUUUAAAAUCGCUUAAUGCUUUUACAAGCCAGUAGUUCUGGGCCAUUAUAGGGCAAGUACCAUUGUUACCAUUUAACAAUGGGGAAACUGAGGCACAGAGGGACAAGUGACUGGCCAAGGGCACAAUUAAUCAGUGACUGACUCCUCUCCAUCUCUCUUUCAUUAAGACAUCAAACUGCUCAUCUGGAGUCUUAAGGGGGCUGGGUACCAUGAGGUCCUCCAAAAGAGUAUCUUGGUUCUGGGCUUUGGGGUCCCAUCAGGGUACAAAUUCAUGCAGGGCUCUCCUGCAGCCAGGGGAGUAGAGGGAGCGAGGAGGUGUGUGCGGGGGUUGGGGGGGGAAUGCUGGGCGGCCUGGGCCUUGGGGACCCCCUGCCGUCCUGAACCCGCAGGCAGGCACCCGGAGCACAUCUGUUGGCUCUUGAUCUUAUCCCAGCCCUGGGACAGGUCGCUGGGUCUGCAGAGCCACCUGUUGGGUGCUGGGCUUAAGGACAG